AUGAAUAAAUAAAUAUGCUUCUAGAUAGAUUAUAUAAAUUAAUUAUAAAUAAAUUCAAAUUUAUUUUAAAAUUACUAACAAAUUUAUUCUAUAAUUACCUUAAAAUUAAAUGAAAGAUUUGAAGGAAAUUUGUCAAAGGUUUUGACAUUAGUUAGCAGACAGACUAGAAAGCAUAAUAUAGAAUUGGAAGGUGAGUAGUCAAAGUUAAGCUGGUAGAAUAAAUGGUUAAUUAUAGUGUAUUACAUAUCCAAAAUAAAGACUGCUGCUUCACUAACCAAAAAACUAUUUAGACAUGAACUUUUGACAGCUCAAUAGCUGAAAUUAAUAGGAGAUUAAACAGUAAACAUAGAAAAAUUGAAAUAAAUUGAGAAGUAUAACUUUUAAAGAAUGAUGUCUUAUACAAAAUUUAACAAGAUUAUUUAAUACAAAACUUACAAAUGGUUAAAGAUUAAAAUUAAGAAGUAUUUUUCUAAUUUUCCUUUUUUGCUUUUGAGUAUAAGUACAAUAUAUAAUAAGUUAGCUGAUUAUGUUUUUAGCUCCUUGCCUCUUUUUAAUUAUCUCUCAAACUUUUACGUAUUAUGGUAGGCCAUAAUAUUUAUCAGCUCUUUUAUUAACUUUAUUUACUUACCUUUUGAGUUUAGUUUCAAUAUUUAGAGAGGUUUUUUCUUUUAAAAUUACAUUUCUUUAAUUUGCCCUAUCAUUUAUUCCUGUGAUAUCUUUAUCAAAGCCAACACUGUGUCAUUCUAACAAGGUAGCAAUCUAAGCAUGCAUAGAGAAAUCUUGAAUUAAUAUCUAACAGGAUAAUUUAUUUCUGAUCUUAUCAGUCUAUUGAGUCUCAAUAUUUCUUUUUUUGAAUUUAAAGCACUCUAUUUCCUCUUUUUUCUUAGGUUCUCUCACUCUUUUAUAAUUUUAGAUAUUUUUAGAGAAAAGAUUUUUUCUAGAACUUACAUUUCAGUUAUAAUUUCGUUAGUGUUUCUUUUUAUGAGUUCGCUUUUCUUUGCUCAUUUAUUUGCGUGCUUGUGGUAUUACAUUGGGGCACAAAGCUCUUAAGGAUGGAUAGAAUUUUAUUAACUUGAUACAACAGAUAUUUACUCAAAUUAUAUUUAUAGCUAUUACUUUGCUAUUGUGACUAUGACAACUAUUGGUUAUGGAGAUAUAACUGCUAAAACUACUGAAGAAAGAUUGAUUAUGAUUUUUUUUACACUCACUUCUUGUGGUAUAUUUGGCUAUAUUAUUAAUUCAAUAGGAAGUAUUUUGGCUGAUAUCAAGCAAAAAAGUGAUUAGUAUUUAACAGAGUUAGCCAAGCUUAACUAAUACUUUAAGAAAUAUUAAGUUUCUUUGUAAUUAUAAGCAAAUGUUAGAAGGUAUUUAUAAUUUAAAUACAAAGAAGGAAUCCAAGACUAAAUUUCAGCUGUGCAAUCACUAAAUAGUUUAUCUCAGCACUUGUAAAACUAAAUUAAAAUGGAAGUAGUUUCAAGAGAACUUAAAUAAAUUGAUUUUUUAAAGUAAAUUUGUAAAGAGGAAACAUUUUAUUAACUAUCACUAGAAGUAUAAGAAAAAAUAUAUCAACCUGAAUAAAUAAUUUUAGAUUAAAAUGACAUAAAAGAACCUUCUAUUUACAUAAUAAACUACGGCAAAGUGCUAAAGAACUCUUAAUAUGAUUUAUCUUCAAAAAUAAAUGAAAUUAUUUUAAAAGAAAAGGAGCGCUUUGGAGUGAUAGAAUUUUUUAUGAAUUUGGAAACUUCUAAAUUUAAUUACAAAAGCAUGGAACUGACAUCUAUUUACUCAUUAAAUCUUUCAUCAUUUUUAAAAGUAAUAUAAAAAGACAAUGAAAUAUAUGAGAAAUUCUGUUAUUUAAGAGACUAGAUUGUUUUUUAAAAGUCAUUUUAUUUAGUAAAGCAUUCGUGUGAAUCCUGUAAAUCUUUAAGUCACAAUCUUAAAGAUUGUCCUUUUAUAUUUUAUAAAUCAAGAAAAUAAGCAAUAAUCAAAAGAUAUAAAUAGAAUAAGUUUAAUAAUUAGCAGGUAAUAAAUAGAAAGCAGAAAAGAACACAAAAUUGUUUGUUUUUCAAAAAAUAUUAUGAAUCUGAAGUAAUUAACUUUUAAUUAAAUAAUCUUAAUUAGCUAUCGUUUUAUGAUUAUUCAUAAUCUUCUAUUGAAGAUUAGAACUUUUUUAGUUCCUAAAAAAUCCUAUUCAGUAAUGUAAAUAAUAACACUCCUAAAAAUAACGAUAAUUAAGGUUUCAAACCAAGUUAAUUUUUUGAAAACUUGCAUGCAGAGUAGAACGAAAUUGAUAAAAUUAUAUUUGAUUUAAAAUCUCCUUAGAUUUAAAAAAAAAAAAAACAAGAAAAUGAAAAAGAAAAAUGGAUGAAUGACGAUCUUUAAAAUAUAUCAAGUUUUUAAAAAUUAGAAAUAAUUGAAGAAGAGGAAAGCAGCAAUUCAAGAUAGAUAUUAGGACUACAAUAACAUAAUGUGGUUAAAAAUAAUCAUAUAUCUUUAACUUCUAUACUAGAGAAUAAUAUCAAAAAUGAUUAAAUAAAUGCUUUAUAAGCAAUUCACAAAAGCAUUAACGAAAUAUUUAAAAUUCUUUAAGAUGAAAAUGGAAUUCUAUAAUUCUAAAAGAAAUUAGUAAGCUAGUAGCAAACUAAUAGUGGUAUUAACAUAAAAGUUGAGAACCAAUUAUCUUCUUAAAAAUAAGUAAAAAUGCCUUAAUAAUUUGAUGCAAGUCUAGUUAAUGUUGCUAAAAUAAAUUUUUAAAAUUAAUUAUAAAAUAAAUAACAUAAAAUUAUUUCAGAAAAUUGCUGUGAGGAGUUAGACAAAAUGCAAAAAUUUAAAAUAUUUUAUCCAAAUUUUAAUUAUGACAUUGUUAUUGAAAAAUUUAACUCAACAACUCGUUAAUAAAAUAUCCCUUUGAAUUCAAGAAAACCUAAAUCAUAAAAAAGGUAAAUUAGUGUACAUAAGAGAUAGAGAAAGUUGAAAUGA